GAUCUGACCCAGGACACUGACCCUGAACAGCCUUGGUUUGGAUUAUAUAUAAUAAUAUGAUAUUUAUAGAUCUAGUCCGGUCACGGCAGAGACCCAACCAAUGCAUUCGACAAAAUGAUGACCCUGUGUGGAGGGCAUCUUGACUUUGCAUGAAGCAGACGUUGCGUGGAGGUGUUUGUAUAGAGAUGUUUGUGUGCUUGUUUGAAUGUAUCGCACAGCGUACCGUGGCCCACUAAGCCUAAGCAUCAGCAGAUCCAUUACAUUGUGGUACUGUCAGCAUGUGACAGUUUAUAUCGGUUUGUGAUAGUUUAUAUCGGUUUGUGAAAGUUUAUAUCGGUUUGUGACAGUAUGUGGCAGAAUGUGCUAGUUAUUUAAGGGAAAUCAUCUCCCAAGACAGCACUCCCUCCCAGAAUCGUUCUACCUUACUACAAAAGAUUGGUACUACUCACCACAGACAGAGAUCCGCCCGUGAAGAUCUCCCACAAGGACUACGAGCUUAUAUCGGUACACCCGUGUACAGAUCGCUGGCAGUUCCGUCGUUCAAAGUUUCCCACAGACAGUGUCCAGAAGACCAUCCAUCAACGGUGAGGAUGUUGGUGGUCUGUGUGGCUGUGGCCGUGCUGUGUGUCAUUUGUGCAAGGUUUCUCUUGCGCUAUGUCAUCUUCCGGCAGACCUACAACCGACUCCGGGGUCCUGGAGACACCAGGUUCUGGUCUGGAGAUUUACACUCUUACCCAGGUUUCAAUGAAGCAGGACUGAUGUAUGAUGUUGCUUAUUCCGAACGAUUCAAAAAAUUCAGGCGUGUGUGGUUCGGCCCCUUCAUGCCUUUGGUGUACUUGUAUCAUCCCGACUCGCUGAGGCAAGUGAUAAAAUCAUCAGCGCCGAAACCCCGGGGCGGCGACCUUCUGGUGACCUCCUAUGACAUGAUGGUCCCGUGGCUGGGCGAGGGUCUGAUCACCACCAACGGCGAUCACUGGGCCAGGCAGCGACAUCUGCUCACGCCCGCCUUCCACCUCGACACGCUCCGGGCCUACCACGACAUCAACAACUCCUGUGUCGACGUUAUGAUGGAUCGUCUGCGAGAGUCCAGCAAAGACGGCCGGUCGGUGGAUCUGUACCAGUUCAUGUACAAACUGACGCUGGACAUCAUUCUACAGACUGCCUUCUCCUACAGCUCCGGCUGCCAGAUGGAAGG